CUUUCGAUUUCUCCUAUUGGCAGUAAGCGUUCAGUUCAGGAGAUGACGGGAAAGGACGAGCAACAUGGCUGAUCAGCUUUACGAGGGCAUCGGGUGAAUUUUUAAAUUGGUUAUUCUCUACUGGUACGAAAAGAUCGAACAUUUAACAAAGAAAAUAUGGAGUCCUUUCUUGGUUUAUUCGAUCCGGGUGAAGAUAAGAGGAGCAGCAAGGAGAGAUGGGAUGAUUUUGAGAAUGAAGGAAACGGAUUAUCCGAUUACGAGAGUUCCAGUUUAGACGAUGAUCACGAACAUAGUAAUUCCGACGGGGAGGAGAAACUUCCGCCCGAACCAGAACAAGGCAAUAUCGAGUACAAAUUGAAGCUCGUCAAUCCUUCCAGUCAGAGAUUCGAACAUCUUGUAACGCAGAUGAAAUGGAGACUUCGUGAAGGUCAUGGGGAAGCCAUAUAUCAAAUUGGCGUCGAAGAUAAUGGAACUCUUGCUGGUUUAUCGAGAGAGGAGAUGAAAGCCUCCCUGAAAACCUUAAGAGAUAUGGCAGCGAGACUGGGCGCCACUACUAACGUUCUUCGCGAAAGAUUUGCCAAUGCUAAAGGUAAGGGCGGCCAGACAAAGAAGCAUGAUGAAAAGGAGAGAAGGGUGGCCGAAGUUCUGGUGCGAAAAUUGCGGAAGGAUGACCGAGAGGAUCAGGAGAGCGUGGUGGAAUUGAGAUUAGCUGUAACGGGUGGACAAGACGCUGGAAAGUCAACCCUCUUAGGUGUGUUGACGCAAGGCGAGCUCGAUAAUGGUAGAGGUAGAGCUAGACUGAACAUGUUUCGUCAUCUUCAUGAAAUCAGAACCGGACGUACCUCUUCGAUUUCGCAUGAAAUCAUCGGCUUUGAUAAUGAGGGUCAUGUACUAAAUUAUGCGGAGAUGAACACGGCCGAAGAGAUAUGCGAGCACGCCUCAAAGGUCGUCACGUUCAUAGAUCUGGCUGGACAUCGAAAGUACCUCCGAACCACCUUGCUGGGACUCACAGGAUAUUCACCACAUCAUGUUAUGCUGGUCAUAGCCCCUCCGAUGAACGAAGCAUCGCAGGAACAUUUGGCACUUUGCUUGGCAUUGCGACUACCAUUCUUUGUUGUUAUGACGAAGACUGAUCUGGGUCUCUGUGACCCGCGCGAGGCUUUGACCCAACUGAAAAGCGCAGUUCAGGCGCAUGGCUGUAGCAAACAGCUUAUACUGUAUAGCAAUAUCAAUGAAGUGUCAAGAGGUUAUGAGUUAGACGCGAUACCAGUAUUUGCCGUUAGCUGCGUAACCGGGGAAGGGUUAGAGGGAUUAACUAGAUUCAUCAGAGACUUGCCACCGUCCGAGCCUACUCCUUCGGAUUCAGAUCCCGAAUCCUGCUUAUUCCAAAUCGACGAAACAUUUAGAGUGGCAGGGCUAACGGAACCGGUGCUCGGUGGAUUGCUCGUAAGGGGGGCAAUUGCACCAGGAACGCGGUUGCUAGUGGGUCCUCUACCAGACGGAGAAUUUAGUCCAGUGAAAGUAGCUAGCUUGCACCGCAAUAAAGCACCUUGCUGUCUCGUACGAGCAUCGCAGAGUGCCAGUUUAACACUAGUACCUUCCACAAACAGAGAUCCGCCAUUGCCUCAUCUUCGUCCUGGCAUGGUUCUGGUUUCUCUUAGAGAUCAUCCCCACGCGACACUCUUCUUCCAGGCUACCGUGCUAGUUGUAUAUCACGCUACUGCAAUGUAUCCGGGUUUUCAAGCAACGGUGCACGUAGGAAAUGUGCGGCAGACUUGUAUAAUCGAAGGAAUAAUGGACCUGAAAGAGGCAGGCUUACAGACAAACGAUACAGCCUCUGUUUUGUUUCGAUUCGUAAGUCAUCCCGAAUAUCUUCACGUGGGAAUGCGUCUCUUGUUCAGAGAGGGUCGUACCAAAGGAAUUGGAAAAAUUACUCAAAUAUUUCCUCUACUAGGAUCACAAAGUAGUUCGCAAUAAAUCAAAUACUAUUUUAUGUCUUGAGUUAAGGUUUCGAAGCACUGAUUGAACAGAAUUACGAGACUCUAAUCAAUUCUUUUAUUUCCCGUUAUUUUGAUUUACUUGAUCAUCACAGGUAUCCUUUCGAGUAGAAUGCUCUAGGAAUAUUGUAAGAACAUGUACUUGUUUUAUUAUUUGAUAUCAGGAUUAGUGUCUCGUGAUUCAGAAGGACGAUUAUGUGCCGAAUCCAUUAUGGUUUCCAAGCUGCCGUGCUUAAUUUUUAUUAGAAUAUCAAGUUUUUUGAGUGUAACUCCGACGUUGUUCUAAUAAGUUGACACAAGUCGCUUUAAUGUUUACGAUAUGAACAAA